AUGACAACAGACUACUACUAUGAUGAGAGCUAUUUGCAAUGGCCAUCAAUGGCACCGACAUUAUUAGCAGAGGACGUGAGUAGUCUCUCCGAAGCACAAGACAAGGCCCUGUCGAUCGUUCCGCUGUGUUCCGGAAUAAUGAGUGCCUGGGGCUCGGGCAGCAUCAUCUACAUGGUUUGCAAGGCCGAGAAAUGGAACAGUUACAAGCGCAUCAUGCUCGGACUGAGUGUAUUUGACUGUAUCUCCAGUCUCGCCAUUGGGCUGCAACCUUUCUUUCUGCCGGCGGAUUCCUCACAAAGAGUAUGGGCCGUGGGGACGGAUGCUACCUGCACCCUGGGUGGUUUCUUUCAGCAAUUGUCUCUGGCCAACAUUUGGUACAAUGGAUUUCUCAGCUUCUUUUUCCUCUUUACCAUUCGCUAUCAAAUGAGUGAAGAGCGAAUGUCCAAACGGUAUGAACCAGUGUUUCACAUUAUAGCCAUUGGGCAUCCCCUCGUCACAGCCAUUAUGGGAGCUGCCAUUGGAGCCUACGGGGAGCUCAAAUUGGGACAUAAUUGCUGGCUGACAAACUAUCCGGAUGGAUGUGUCAGUUGUCAGGGAUCCGAAGAAAAAGAGGAUCCCAAUGCACAAUGUUGCUUGACGCCCGUCUUGGCAUAUGUCUAUGCUGCCAUUCCCACCUUUUUUGUCCUAUUGGCCGUUAUCAUCAACAACCUGCUCAUUUACUGUCACAUGCGAAAAAUUGUCCACCAAACCAUCAUGAGUGCCAAUGCCACAGAUGCCGUGCCAUCUACCAACUCGGCCAUUAGUAAUUAUGGAAACUUGUCUGCCGAAGACUCAGGCCCUGCAGUCCUUGCAACAGUGCCCGAAGAGGGGGAAUUCCAAGAGGAUGACAACAAGGUGGAAGAAACUCCAGCCAUUGGUGAAAAUGGGGAGAGCCAAAAUGAUGUCAACAAGGAUACUGCUAUAGAUGCAGUUGACAAAGAAACUACAAUAGCUAGUGAUUCUAAUCCAGAAGACCUUCCUUUCUGCCGGCAGAAUCCAAAUGCAAACAACCCGCCAGCUGCUACUACUACUAUGAAUGGUAGUAGCAUUGCCCAGAAGCAACAACCAACAAUAGAACCAAAUGAUCUGUCCACAGAGCCACAGCCACCUGUGGUAGAACCCUCCUCUUCUUCUCAUCCACCUGAUGCCGACAUUAUUAGCAAUGUCAAGCAGAUUCAGGAACAACAACGGCGAGAAGAGUUGCGCAAUACACAAUUGCAGAAAAUACAUGAUGCUAGACAAACCAAGCGACUGAGAGAAGUGGCCGUUCAAGCAUUUCUCUAUGUGGCGGGAUUCCUACUGACACAGCUUCCCGUCAUGCUCUUGGGAAUCAUGGCUUCUAGCAGAGAAUAUACGGCAGCAGACGAUGCCGAUCUGUUUCCCAUGCUCUUGCUUCGGGCCAUUCUGUGGCCUCUCCAAGGAUUGUUUAACUACUGUGUAUGGAUUCGACCAUCCUAUCUGAGAGAAACCUAG